CCAUGCUGCUUAUCGGUCAAGAGACUGUUGGCUUCCAAAUACUCCACCAUUAUAUGUUUCCUUACCACUCUUUCAUACACUUUUACAACGUUGGAGGUCAAAGUUACAGCAACUUGAGGAAAAUGAAAAAUCUUCCAUUUAUUAUCAUGUUGACGGUGUCGAUAUUGAAUGCAGCCAUCUAUUACUCAUACAUUCUGAUAACUUACAAUUCUGACUUUGAACUGAUGGACAAAGUUUGCCAUUACUUUUACGGAUGCUCUAUUGAGGUGCUAUACAACGUAUCGCUAACAACAAUGCUUGGAAUGUGCGUGGAGAGACUGAUCUCAGUUAUGGAACCUCUGUGGUUUAGCACAGUUUGGACGGAAAACAAAUAUUCGCUGUGGAUAAAUGUGGCUAUGGUAGCACUUGGCACAGUGCCAACAGUUAUUCCUCUAAUGACACAAUUUGUGGAAUAUCAUCAUAGCAGAAGUCGGAUGUACUGUCGGAUGGCUGGAAGUAAUUCUGAUUUGAUGGCUUACAUAUGGCUGAGCAACUGUACUAUCUACAUACCAUCUAUCUUGGGCGUGGUUGCUGUGUACAUUGCAGUUCAGGUAAAAGCUGCACAAGCUCGUAGGAUGACAAAACAAUUUAGAGAAGAAUGCAAGAUUGGAACCAAUAAGAAGGUGGAAGCUGAAACAGGAAUCAGUAUGGACAAAAUAAAGCAGUCCCUCUAUAAUGCAAGAAUAACUAUAAUGCUGCUGUGUGUUUUUGUUGGCACCAAACUACCCAUAGCUAUUCUGUCUUAUGCUCACUACUUUCACAUGAAACUCCCAUUUAGCGUCCGAAACUGUGAGUUUGUUGGAAAUGUCUGCAGAUUCUUUUUCUGUGUGCUUACACCCUUCCUGCUCCCUUUGAUGAAUACACCACUGAGGAACAAAGUACGGGAAUUGGUAUGCAGGAAACAUCAUGACAGCAAAUCACAAAGGAGCACUUCAUACAGUAAUGUUGAAAACACUGUGAGAUCAGGAAAUAAAACACAAAGAACAGGAAGAGGUGCCUCUCAGAUCCACAGCACAUCUGAAGGUGUAUAAUUGAGCACAGCACAAACUAAAGAAAGCAUGACAGUUUUAAAAACAUUCAAACUUGCGAUAUAUGAUUUCCAGUGGCAAAACGUUACCAUUUGUCGCCCCCUCCCCCUCCAUGCCAGCUCCCUGCUAAAAUGUUUUUGUGCCAUUUCAAACAUUUUUUUUGGUCCCCCCGGCCCUCUAUAGCUAUUUGAUGCCUCCCCCUCCCCCUUGCCAAUAGCAAGGUCUGCAUCUGUGUGGCC